GGGGUGAGGGCCGCGCGCGGUCGGGGAAGCGGCGCUGCGAGCCUGGGUGCUGGAUUCCUGCCUCCUGCGACCUCGGAAGGGAGAGGGGAGGUCCUCUCCGACGGAAACCUCGGCGAGCACACGUCCUCUAGAACUGGAGAAUAUUUCGGUGGCUUUUAAAUGCCCAGGAAGGAUUAAAAGAGAGGGAGGGGCCGGACGAAUGCGUUUUGCCUGUGAUAAAGCACUUUGAAGUGAUGCUGAUGAGUCUCUUUCAGUUUACCACUAGAAGGCUGGUUUCCCAAGCAUACUGUGGACUUAAGCCUUUUUCUUCAAAGAAACAGCGGUUUUGCUUGGAAAUGGCUCGUCCUAGUUCAAAUAUGGCUGAUUUUCGAGAAGUGUUUGCCAAAGCAAAGCACAUAGCCAUUAUUACGGGAGCUGGUGUUAGCGCUGAGAGCGGAGUUCCUACCUUCAGAGGGGCUGGAGGUUUCUGGAGAAAGUGGCCAGCACAGGAAUUGGCUACCCCAGAGGCUUUUGCCAGAAACCCUUCUCGAGUGUGGGAAUUUUAUCAUUACCGCCGGGAAGUGAUGUUGAGUAAACAUCCAAAUCCUGCACAUAUUGCCAUUGCAGAGUGUGAAAAACGACUGAGCAAACAAGGAAGGAGUGUUGUGGUCAUUACACAGAACAUUGAUGAACUACACAGAAAGGCAGGCACAAAGCACCUCUUAGAAAUUCAUGGUAGUUUAUUUAAAACUCGAUGCACCAACUGUGGAAAUGUGACUGCGGAUUACAAGAGUCCUAUAUGUCCAGCACUGGCUGGAAAAGGGGCUCCAGAUCCUGAAAUAGAAGAUGCCGCGAUUCCAGUUGAAGACCUUCCUCGGUGUGAGGAAGACGGCUGCAGUGGCCUCCUUCGCCCCCACGUCGUGUGGUUUGGUGAAACCCUGGAUGCUGAUGUUCUCACAGAGGUUGAGAAAGAACUUGACAUAUGUGACCUCUGCUUGGUAGUUGGAUCCUCCUCUGUGGUGUAUCCUGCCGCUAUGUUUGCCCCUCAGGUAUCUGCCAGAGGAGUGCCAGUUGCAGAAUUUAAUAUGGAAGCCACUCCUGCUACAAAUAGGUUCAGGUAAAAUUGUUCAGUUUUAAACUAACAGGCUUUAGUUUUCCCCUCCCCCUUCAAUGUGUUCUUGUAUUGAAUUGUUAAAACGCCUGGAACAUUUUUAAAAAACAAACAUGAUCUUUCCUUCCCCAAUGCUUAAGUAGUAUUUUCUUCUAACACAGAAGAAAAAAUCACAGUUUUCUCUUGUUGUUGUGAACUUACACUGAAGCUACAACUGUAUUUUAAGAUGAAGCUGAAGUCUAGAGGGUUGAAAUCCAAUUUACUGUUUCACAGCAAAAGUUUUCAACAAGACCAACAGCUAUUUAGCAGGGUUUUCAUCCUCGUAGGUAUGUGUCACAAAAUUGUCCCUAGGUCCUAGAGUGGCUAAAAACUCUUCCAGAAACAGGACUAGCUACCCAUGUGUCACAUGCACUUAGGCACUUUUCAGGGGAAAAAAAAAACUCUUGUGUGCUCAUUACUUGCUCCUUCACCAGGCUGCUUCCUUCCAGGUUUCUCUU